UUUGCAUUCCCAAACCCACCACCAUCACUCUCCUCUCAUUCACCCCUUCCCUUCCCCUUCAGUAGAAGCAUGGAGAAUAACAGAAAAUCUCCAUUAAAGCCAUGGAAGAAAGGUCCCACGAGAGGCAAGGGAGGGCCUCAGAAUGCUACAUGCGAGUAUCGUGGUGUUAGGCAAAGAACCUGGGGGAAAUGGGUUGCAGAAAUCAGGGAGCCCAAGAAGAGAACCAGACUUUGGUUGGGCUCUUUUGCGACUGCCGAGGAAGCUGCCAUGGCUUACGAUGAAGCUGCGAGGCGAUUGUAUGGGCCAGAUGCUUAUCUCAAUCUACCCCACCUGCAAUCUAACUUCAACCCAUCAAACAAAUCUCAGAAGUUAAAAUGGUUUCCCUCCAAGAACUUCAUUUCAAUGUUUCCUUCUUGUGGGUUGCUUAAUAUAAAUGCACAACCCAGUGUUCAUGUCAUUCAUCAGCGGCUCCAAGAGCUUAAGAAGAACGGGGUUCUCAAUCAAUCCUCUUCUUCUAGUUCUUCUUCCUGUGAUUCAAAAACUGAUGCUCAAAACAUGAAUGACAAAGCCCCCAACAAAACUCAUGAAAGUCCUAGAACUAACAACAAAGAUGUGGAAUUUUCAUCAGAACAGAUACCAGAAGAACGUGAAGAGAAGCCUCAGAUUGAUCUCAAUGAGUUUCUUCAGCAACUGGGAAUACUUAAGGAUGAAUGUCAGUCAGAAGGAAGCAAUGCAGCAGAAGGUUUUGCAGCACCCGAAUCUUCAUUAAAAGAUGACGAUGAGCUUGUGGGUUUUGCUGAGGAAAGUUUCAACUGGGAUGCACUGAUCGAGAUGCGUGGAAUAGAGGAUCAUCAAGGAACAGAUGCCAGUAGCUUCCAGGGCUAUGGUAUGUAUGAAGAGCCAGCUUUCCCUCCAUCCAUCUGGAACUUCUGAAAGGAUCUGCAGGUUUUGGUAUGGUAGGAGUUCACACCACUGGAGUUAAAUUUGGUGGAAGGAAGAGGGUUUAGUAUCACUUAAUAGGCUGCAGAUUAGUUGGUUCUAAAUCUAGUUCAUGGAGGUCCAUAAAAGAGUCACUUUCAGUUUGACCACUAGAGCGAGAUAGAGAGAGGCUUAGUUAUAGUAGUUACAGUAGCAGAGGAUGGAAGAGAAGUUCCUUGUAGUACUUGGGGCUGCAGAGGAUCAGAAAGUGGAGUUCAUUAUGGAUCUUAAAGAGUGGCAGAGGACAUAAAUCGAAUAUGUUAAUUUGCUAAUGGGAGAUUUGACCAAACAGAAACUCAUUUCUUCAUAGUUAUCAAGGGCUUUGUCUUUAAUCACGUGUUUUUUCUUUAAUUUUGUCAUUGCUAGGAAGCAUGUUAUUGAUAAUCUACUUACUAUCCAUGUGGGGCUGUCCACUUGAGGCAAGAAUCCAUUGAGUUAAUAGAAGAAAAUUGUUUCAUCAUAUAAUCCUAUGGAUCGUGCCAAAAAACAUUACCUAUGAGAUCAAAUAUACUAGUGCAAUAAUUGAAAAUCAAUCACAUAAAAAUGAACUGAACAGGA